AUGUCGCACACAAAAAUGGACCAGUCUACACUGAUUGGUGCUGACAUGGACAGUGAGGAGGAGGACAUGGGGAGGGACUGGCUGAAGAUCAACAGCAAUGUUAAAAAUGAUGGCUUCCGUACAGGCAUGGAUGCCAGCCAGGAGCAGACACUGCAGUUUGGGUUUAAUGCUGGCUAUAGGGAGGCCUUACAGAUGUCGCUGGCUGGUGGGCGACUACAGGGAGCUAUCUGUGCACACCUAAGUUAUCCUGCUGGGAAUCUGUCAGAACUAAGAGCUGGCAGUGUUGGACAGCCAAAAGCACCAAGCAGCCUUGUGUCUCAUCAGUUACAGAAGCUUCUCUCCUCCAACACAGAACUCCUCUCCAGCAUCCCAAGUCUCCUGAUGCAGUUAAGCCCCACUGAGUCUGGCUGGCAACAACCAGCAAGUCAAGUUCAUCAUACUAUAGGUGGCAACUGUUCAAAUCUGUCCAUUGUGAACACAGGUGCAUCUGUGAAAACUGUAGAUGUCAGCUCUGCACCAAGAGAGUCCAGAGAGUGUUCUCUGGUAGAUCAUAUUACAGGAAGUAAUGAGAGUCCAGGAUCAGAUACACCAGCUUUGUCUUGUCAUCAUGUCUGCAGCAGUAAAUCACAUUUCUGGAGCCAGCUGCAGCAUUUUAGAGCCGAGGGGCAGACAUUUGGAGUUGAUUGA